GCAGGUCAAGAGUCAGGGGACACAAGUCAGUGUGUCCCUGCGCGUCUCAGGUCCUCAGUGAGGAGGAUGCAGAGUAACAUCUACAGGCAACAGGAUGAGCACUUUGAGGUGUACACCACCGUCCUCUCCCCACAAGUGCCCCGGGGACGAUGUCAGUUCAGGCAGGCAGAAGUUGAGAAGAUGGUGGUGAAGCGCAGCUACAAGCCCCAUUGGCCAGACGAGCUCCAGUUGACCCGUGGUGAGGUCAUCCUGGUGCUGUUUAAGGGUGAGGAGACCAGGUGGUUUGGGCGGCUGCAGGAUGGACAACAGGGGUACUUCCCUGCCUCCCAUGUCGUAGAGCUGAGUGACCAGGAAGAUGAGCCCGGGAAGGAUGUCGACCGUUUAGCGAGACGGAGUUCAGCUCCGGCCACAUAUGCAGGUGGUUCUGGCCCCCUCAGGCUCCAGGCUCUCCGCAGAGCCAGCAGAGCAGCGGCGGGAGGCGGGCCAGAAGGGUCCGAGAGGGAGGGGGAGGGUCCCAUCCUGAUACUGAACUCCCAAAUCUCCCUCCCCGACGGGAAGACUCAGCCCGUGCCGCCGCCGCCGCCGCCGCCGCCGCCGCCAAAGGCACACGACUCCCCGGGCUUCCUGCGCAGGAUCCUGUCCAAGCACCGGCGGAGGAGUGUCUGCCGCGGGUCCACCAACACCGGCUACCUGGCUGACUAGGCGGGGCCGGCCGGGGGAGAGGAAGGAGGAGGGGCACCGGGACGCCCGGCGACCAUUUUUGUAAAUGGACCGCGUUCUGGACCCAGGUAGGGUUGCCAUGGCUACAGCAUCGUUGCUAGUCCUCUGGAGGAGGGUGGAACAGCUCCACUAACCUCUUCCUCUGGGUUCAAGAAAAAUCCAGCGUUCAUGAUUAAGAUGUGACACUGGGCAAAGCCGUCCAUUAUGGGGUUUAGUGUGUGUGUGUGUGUGUGUAUGUGUGUAUGAGGGGGUGGGGGGUUUCAUUAACAGUGGGAACGGUUUACAGUAUGGUUAUAUUUUAAAAACUGUUUAAAAUGUUUAAACCAGCCAAAUAAUGUUUAAUGAGUUUUUCUGUUCCUUGUUAUGCUGUAUUGUAUUUUUUAGCAACUAUGAUGUUCUUAUGCCACCUGCACUAAAUAUAAAUUGAUGUAUUUCUUUUUGACUAAA